AUGUUUGCUCGAUGUUCUACAAGUAUUUUAAAUUGCAAUGAUAUUUAUUUUGCAAGGAUUGCUUACCAAAGUUCAAAAGCUGCAUUGAGCAAGAACGAAAUCGAACGACAGAAAAAGGCGCUUGGCAAUGCCAGAGUUUCUUCUCGUAUUACUGGGAAAAUUAGAAAAUGGAUAAGAUUUUUAAAGGCAGAAAAUUCUGCUAUUCAAAAUUCAGUUAUGGAGACGACAAAACGUUUUGAGUCAAAAUGCCCUGAACUUUCCCUUUCUGUUUUAAAUUCUUGGCAUGAGGCUCCAGAAGGAGUUUUUGUUGAAUUUUCCUUUCGUAAGUUAGAGAGUAAUAACGUGCUAUCUGAAUUCUCUUCUAUUUUUAAAAAUGGUUCACAUGUUAUUUUGAAAUCAAGAAAUGCCCCUUCGACUGAGAUUCCAGCCGUUAUUGUGUAUUUCAGUCAUGGGAAAUUAAAAGUCAUUCUAAAAGGCCAUCAACUAAGCCCAAAUGCCUUCCGCGUCAACAGCACAUGGAUAUUGAAUUUUGCGGAAAUUAAUUUUUUUGAGCGUUUACUGGAAAUGUUUAGAGGUGAAAAUUUAGUAGAGUAUCCUGGUUAUGGACUCUUAUUAAAGUCAUUCAAGAUUGGAACUGUUAAUAGAGUUUUGAGAGACAAAACGAAGAAUAUAAAAAUUAAAAAGGAAUUUGACGAGUCGCAAAAGAGUGCAAUUUAUGCGGCAAUAAAUGAUAAAAGAAAUUUUGUUGCAAUCCAUGGACCUCCAGGAACUGGCAAAACUAAAGUUAUUGCAGAAAUUGUUUAUCAGUCUCUCAAGAAAAAUGAACGUAUAAUUGUAUGUGCUCCCUCCAAUAAAGCUGUUGAUAAUGCUUUAAUUGCUUGUCUAAGACGUGGAAUCGAUGAAAAAGUUUGUCUGCGUCUAGGACUUACAAAAAUAAAUGAAAAUAUCUCAUCAACACAUUUUGCUUCAAUUUUUAGACAACACACAUUUUAUGAAAGUCUUCAAGAUUAUUGGAACAGAAGGGAGAAAUUUAAUGAAGCAGAUAGUGAGUAUUUUCAAAAAUUUGGUGAUAUUGUAUCAAGAGGUUCUAAACUUGAGAUGUUUAUUAAUAGAUCGCUGAUUAGGGACAUUGAAGUUGUAAGUUUGUUAUUUUAA